AUGACGCCUUCGACUCGUAGUAGUACCAACGCUAGCAAGGAAAAGAACCAGUCUGCGGACGGUCUUUUGGGGGGAGUGUCGCCCACCGCGGUCGUGGCCUUUCCGUCCUCGCAUGUCGUGGAUUCGUUGACCCUGCCACCCCGUGCCACGUCUCGGCAGCCGCUUCCGGCGUCCGACAAGAGUAUCCGGACUAAGAACCCGAUCCGAGCCAUUGUGGACCCGAUUGUGGCCAAUGUUCAGUCUGGACGGGAACGAGGAGACGGCAAGGAUCUUAUUUCGUUGGCGUUGGGUGAUCCCACUGCAGCGGGGCAUUUGACACCGUGUCCGGCCGCUAUUCGUGCCGUUCGCGCGGUACUCGACGACAAUUCCUCUACCAAAGCGGCUGGUUACGUGAAUGCGUGUGGUACGAGUGACGCCCGUCGAGCGAUUGCCGCCUUUCAUUCCGUGCACCUUGCCCCCCGCCAACACGUGGACCAUGACCCAACUCUUUCUUCUCCCCACGGCAAAGGACUCACGGAAGACGACGUGAUUGUGGCCAACGGAUGUUCGGGAGCCUUGGAAUUGGCCUUGACGAGUCUUUUGAAUCCAGACGACGUCCUACUCGUUCCUCUACCGGGAUUUCCCUUGUACCAAGUCAUUGCCGAAUCGCACGGUGCGUCCGUCCUCCCCUACCGACUCGUGGAGUCUUCCGGCUGGGAAUGUGAUUUGGUACAGAUUGAAUCACUCGUACGGAUGCCGACGCAGCGACAGCGUACCGGGCAGCAGUCGGCCAGAAUCAAGGCAAUCGUUGUCAACAACCCAUCCAAUCCGACUGGUGCGGUCUUCUCCAAAGAUCAUUUACGACGCCUCGUGGCACUGUGCGAGAGACUCGAAAUCGUCAUAAUAGCGGACGAAGUUUACGGAGACUUGACCUUUAAACCGCACAAAUUCUAUCCUAUGGCGUCCAUUGCCGCCGAACUGGGACACCAAGUUCCCAUCAUUACCGCUAGCGGAAUCGGCAAACAAUUUCUGUUACCGGGAUGGCGAGUCGGAUGGCUCGUAUUUCAGGACGAUGUCUACGGAAGUUUGUCACAAGUGCAAGCCGGGGCCAAGCGGUUGGCGCAAGUCAUUCUCGGUGCCUCUCAUUUGGCACAAACAGCCAUUCCUUCGUUACUGGAACCCAAGAAUAUAGAAAUCAGACAAUGGAAACACGAUUUGCGGACGGCGUUGCAGACACAGGCCGACAUUUUGUGUGAUCGCCUGAGUGCGGCACCCGGUUUACGGGUUAUACGACCAGGUGGUGCCAUGUACGCCAUGGUACGUAUCGACGCGGACGUGUGGUGCUCGUCGUCGUCGUCAGCCGAUCCGGCCAUCACGUCCGAUACCGAGUGGUGUCAGGCAUUGUUGCGGGAAGAAAACGUAUUUGUCCUCCCGGGGACGGCCUUUGGUUUGCCCGGUACGGCACGGAUGGUCUUUGCCGCGCCACCUUCCACACUAAUGGAGGCUGCGUCUCGAAUUGUACAAUUUUGCCAUCGACACGCAAUGGACGCGCCACUAUCGAACCCUAGACAUAGAAAUGAGAAAAUACAAACCAAUGGCGUAGAUAGUUAA